UUGAAUCAUGAAAGGAGAAAUUGCUGUAAUUCUCUUUUUGACUUUAACUGUCUUUGGUCGCCAGAUACCAUCAGUUGUUGACCAAGAUGCAGCAGACACUGAAGAAUGUGCUAAUAGAGAAAUAAUAAAAGCUCCUGAUGAGGUUGAUGAUCCAGUGGUGAUUGAUGGUGAUAUAUUAGUGAGUAAAGAACAAGCAGCAAUAUACUAUGAGAGUGGCUGGGAUGGACUAGUAAACUCUGAAGCAUGGAAUACAAACCUGUACAAAUGGAAUAAGAGGAUACCAUAUCAGAUUUCAAAAGAAAUUAAAGAUCCAAGUGAUUCAAAAAUGAGAUCAAUGCACCUCAACAUUAGAAGCUCACUGCAGGAGAUUACUCAAAGAACUUGUCUAUCAUUUGAACCUGCAGGAUGCAUAGAUUUUACAUACCUUUAUUUUGCCAAAGGAGAUGAGUGUUAUACAUACCUUGGUGCUCCAGUCUUUGGAGCUAGGACAGUGUAUCUUGGAUAUAGUUGCGGUGGGGGAUCAAGUAGGGCCAGGACACCAGCACAUGAAGCAAUGCAUACGAUGGGUCGCUAUCAUGAACAGACUCGUCCUGACAGAGACACUUAUGUUACCAUUAAUGCAAACUCAUGUGAUGAUCAAAUGAAAAAAAAUAAUAAGGCUGAUACCUUAAACAUUGGGUAUGACUAUAGCUCAGUGAUGCAUUACAGUCGCUGGCAGUGUUCUUUAUCGAGACCUGACAAACCUUCAAUGACUUACAAAAAAUGGACUGGCAAUGCUGACUAUGUUGGCCAGAGACAAGUACUUAGCGCUAAAGACGUUGAACACAUUAAAGUAUAUUACUGUCCAAGUAUGAUGAUGAGGCUGGUGGGUGGGAGAGAUAAUAGUGAGGGACGUCUUGAAGUUAAUAAUGAAGAAGUUUGGGGAACUGUUUGUUCUCAUGGAUUUGAUACAAAUGAUGCUAAUGUUGUAUGUAAGUAUCUGGGUCGUCCUGGUGUAGAGGAGGUGUACAGUGCAGCUCAUAUUCAGAAUAUUCAGUCAGCACAGGAUAGUCCUAUAUGGAUGAGUGAUCUUGAAUGUACUGGACAAGAGGAUAAUCCAUUCACUUGUUCACAGAAAGUAAUGAAACAUCAUACAAACUGUGAUCAUAAUCAAGAUGUGGCCAUUAGGUGUUCCAAGGCUGCUCGUUUGAUUGGUGGUAAUGAUAACAGUGGACGUCUGGAGGUGUAUUAUAAUGGA